GUAUGGGAUCGGCCCUGCAGCUGUGGCCGUGAUGGACCGAGCGCCGCCCCACAUCCCUUUGCUGAACGAGCACGGCCAGUCUGAGCUGAAGUCCAACCCAGAGAAGGUGGUCAAGGCCUUCAACUACAUCAACUUCGAGGAGGUGGACAAGAAGAUGUGGGCGAAGGACCUCAGCUAUGCGAAUGAGACGCUAGAUGCUUUCUACCACAAGUUCGACUGCCCGGUCAUGGUGUUGAAGGGGCAGUUUGACGCAGCCAGUGACACCUUCGGAAAGAAGAAGAGCAAGUUCAAGGCCGUCACUGUGAAGAUCAAGGGUUCCGAUGAGACGGUUGACCUGCCUACCGAGUCC